UUUUGAUUUUUAGCCGGACCGGAACAUUUUUUGUUUUCUACGACUGUUCGAUUUUGUGUAGUUCGAAAUUUAUGAUAUUCGCAAAGAAACUGAGAAUUUAAAGGCGUAAAUAUGAGUCUGGACGAUGAUGCAGAGGUGGAAUCCGCGUUGGCAUGUACUGCCGAGCAGCUGGAAGCAGAGGACAAGCAAAACGAGACAUUAAAGGAGGAAAGUGCACUGGGAGAACUGGUGGAUGCCGAAGAGUUCCUCGCUUCGGAAGGCGUAUCAAUGCUGGAAUAUGAACGGCAAAUGUUCUUCGAUUUGCUCCAUUCGGAUGGUUUGGUCGUUUGUGCAAAAGGAAUAAGCUACGAAAAAGUGUUGCUUAAUUUGCUGAAAAUCUUUUGUGAUGCAACGACACUGGUGCUGGUCGUGAAUUGUUCCGACUAUGAGGAGCGGUUAUACACUUCCCAGCUCGAAGAGCGGCACAUCCACGAGUCUUCUACAAAUGCAGCUGAGCGUGAACGAGUUUAUCUACUAGGUGGCAUACAAUUCAUUAGCACGAGGGUAUUGGUUGUGGAUCUGCUAAAAAAUCGUAUUCCAAUAGAGCUCAUAACAGGAAUUUUCGUGGUCAAAGCUCAUGAAAUCAUUGAAUCCUGCCAGGAAGCGUUUGCCCUUCGUUUGUACCGCCAAAGGAACAAAAGUGGCUUCAUUAAGGCUUUCUCGAAGAAUGUCGAAGCAUUCACAUAUGGGUACGGCCACGUCGAAAAAGUAAUGCGGAAUCUGUUCGUAAAAGAACUUUUCAUUUGGCCCCGGUUUCACGCAACCAUUCAAAAGUCCCUAAAGCCCUGGGAACCCAUCGUCGUGGAAAUGCAAAUUCCGAUGAGCCAAAACAUGAUUCUGCUGCAGGCGAACAUUUUGGACAUCAUGAACCAUUUGGUGAAGGACAUCAAAAGCUUAAAUCGUAACGUGGAGCUGCAGGAGGUAACGGUGGAGAAUUGCGUGACGAAAAAGUUCCAUAAAAUAUUGCAGGCCCAGCUGGACACCAUUUGGCAUCAGCUGAGUUCGCAAACGAAGCUCAUUGUUGCCGAUCUGAAAGUGCUUCGCAGUUUGAUGAUAUCAACUAUCUAUCACGAUGCGGUCACUCUCUAUGCCACCAUGAGGAAAUAUCGUUCAACUGAGUAUGCACUCAGCAACUCUGGAUGGACAAUUUGCGAUUCUGCUGAGAAAAUGUUCAACAUCGCCAAGGAGCGUGUAUUCAACAAGAACGAUGAAUUCGAACCAGAACUCUGCCCAAAAUGGAAGGCACUAACUGAAGUGCUCCGACAAGAAAUUCCAGCAGAUAUCAAAGAAACGGCGAAAAAGAUGCGCAAGAAAGAUGAACGUCAUAAGUAUCUGCAUCAGCAGGUGAAGGUCCUAAUUCUGUGUCAAGACGCCAGGACGUGCUACCAGCUAAAUCAGUAUUUAACACAAGGGCCCGAAAAGUAUCUGUUUUAUAAUGCGAUGAAAAAUGAUGUGGUGGUAUCCAAAUUGGCUGAAUCAUAUCGUCACUUCCAUACCGAUAAUGAUCGAAGUGCGUACAAUGUACAGAAUGUUAAAACGUUCGUUAAACCUAAAACUGCGCCAAUGCAACAACCGUUACCUGAAGAGCCAGGAGCUUCAAAGGGAAAUUUCUUGCGAGAAAGAAUUGCAAAACGUCGCGCUGAGGCAGCUAAAAAGGCUGAAGAAGAUUCGAAAGAUGACGAGGAAGAUCGCACAAAAAUGUCUGAAAUGGAAGCAGAUUUGAUGGAUAAGGAAGAGAAUGAAGAUUAUCACUGCUUUAGAGAUUCCUACAUACUUACAAUGUCCCAGAAAGUUGACGUCAAUCGUACCGUUUCGGACGAUGGCGAGGAAGACGAUCUGUGCGACGUUACCCAAUUGGAAUGUGGUGAAUUCGAAUCGUUUCCUGAGAUGGAAAACAUGGACGUCACGAAGAUUGUGUCCGACAGCAACAAACCGAUGGUAUUCAUUCAAACGUUCAAAAGCGAAAUUAACGGUAUGACAUCACUGGAUCGCACCUUGGAGGAGAUCAAACCUCGCUACAUCGUACUGUAUCACAGCAACGUGACGGCGAUUCGGCAAAUUGAAGUGUACGAAGCCCGGCAGCAGCGCCAAGAGCUUGCCAGGGUGCGAGUGUUCGUUAUUAUCCACUCGAAAACAGUUGAAGAGCAGUCCUAUCUGACGUCGUUGCGGAGAGAAAAGCAAGCUUUCGAAUUGCUGAUCGACACGAAAAGGACAAUGGUCGUACCGGAGUACCAGGACGGGAAAUCUGAAGAUGCAAUUACCAUGCUCCAGAAGAAACAGGAGAUUUCUACGAGGCAGGCCGGGGGUCAAGCGGUCAGCACUGAAAGCAUCAUCACGCCUCGCAUUAUCGUCGAUAUGCGAGAGUUUCGAUCAGACUUACCAUGCUUGAUUCAUCGUCGUGGCAUUGAGGUAGUGCCCCUAACGAUUACGAUCGGUGACUACAUUCUGACACCGGAAAUUUGCGUGGAGCGAAAAUCCAUCUCCGAUCUCAUCGGUUCUCUCAACUCGGGACGACUUUACAACCAGUGCGUACAAAUGACCCGCUGCUACGCUAAACCGAUACUGCUGAUUGAGUUCGAUCAGAACAAACCAUUUCAUUUGCAACGAAAUUUCAUGAUGUCUGGGGAUUCGAGUUCUUCCAAUGCAGACAUCAUGCAAAAACUGCAACUGCUCACGUUGCACUUCCCGAAGUUGAAGCUCGUGUGGUCUCCAAGCCCUUACGCCACGGCCCAGCUGUUCGAAGAGCUGAAACAAGGUAAGCAGGAACCCGAGCCUGAAGUGGCUACGCUACUCGGUUCGGAUGAAGCCGGAGGUGAAGGGGAGAACAUCGUGGACCGAACAAAUCCAAAUGUUCACGAUUUUCUGAUAAAACUGCCAGGAAUUAACUCGAAAAACAUUGGCAAAGUGAUGAGAAAAUGUAAAAAUCUGAAGGAACUACUCAAAAAGACCGAAAACGAGCUGGAAGAAUUGUUGGGCAACAAAAUGCAAGCCAAAAUGAUGUGGGAAAUAUUGCAUGUGGCACAUAAACCUAUUCAAGGGGAUGUAGGUGAGAAGCAGUUUGCUUCCAAAUUUAAGCGUGGACUCGGAAAAAGAGCUUUUUGAGGUCUUCUGUAGGCGAAUUCCGGCGCUUAUUUUCUUCGAAGAAAAGAAAAUUUUCUUGCUGGUGAGUUAUAGAA